CGUACUGGGUCACGGAUUCCCGGAAUCAGUGAAGGGGACAUGGAGAAUGCUGGAAGUCGACAUUUUUUUCCCGCACACCUGUGCAUCAGUGGUCUGACUGAGAGCUGGAAAAUAUUAAAGUCUCAACAAAUGAAUUCCACACUUGAAUUCUGCCGCAUUCCUGUGCCACCUCCUCCUUUAGAAAACUGAUCUUAGAACAGAGAGAUUAAAAAAGAAAGACUAGAAGGUAGAAGAAGAUGCUGGGAUCUGAACGUGGUGUUGUGGAAGAAUGGUUAUCAGAAUUCAAGGCAUUACCUGAUACUCAGAUCACCAAUUAUGCAGCAACUUUACACCGGAAAAAAACACUGGUACCAGCCCUCUAUAAAGUUAUUCAAGAUUCAAAUAAUGAGCUUCUGGAGCCUGUCUGCCACCAGCUGUUUGAGCUCUAUCGUAGCUCUGAAGUUCGACUUAAGAGGUUCACACUGCAGUUCUUGCCAGAAUUGAUGUGGGUUUAUUUACGGCUUACAGUUAGCCGAGACAGACAGAGUAAUGGUUGCAUUGAAGCACUUCUGUUAGGAAUUUACAAUUUGGAAAUUGCUGAUAAGGAUGGAAACAAUAAAGUUCUGUCUUUUACUAUCCCUUCCUUAUCCAAGCCUUCAAUAUACCAUGAGCCCUCAACAAUUGGAUCCAUGGCUUUGACAGAAGGGGCAUUGUGUCAGCAUGAUCUCAUCAGGGUUGUUUAUAGUGAUCUUCAUCCUCAGAGGGAAACAUUCACUGCACAAAACCGGUUUGAAGUCCUGAGUUUUCUCAUGUUGUGUUAUAAUUCUGCUAUUGUGUAUAUGCCUGCUUCAUCUUACCAAUCUCUUUGUCGGAUGGGCUCCAGAGUUUGUGUGAGUGGGUUUCCACGGCAACACGAAAAACACUGGAAAGAACUCUGUGGUCGAAUAGUAUUGGAUCCCGAAUUCAUGGUGCAACUUCUCACAGGGAUUUAUUAUGCCAUGUAUAAUGGGCAGUGGGACCUUGGCCAAGAAGUCCUUGAUGACAUCAUUUAUAGAGCUCAGCUAGAACUUUUUUCUCAACCACUAUUGGUUGCCAAUGCCAUGAAAAACUCAUUACCAUUUGAUGCUCCUGAUUCUUCACAAGAAGGCCAGAAAGUACUUAAAGUGGAGGUCACUCCAACAGUGCCGAGGAUUUCUCGGACUGCGAUUACAACAGCUUCAAUCCGUCGUCAUAGAUGGAGAAGAGAAGAUGGCUUUGACUUCUCAAACGAGGCUGACUCGAGUAUUCCUGGCUCCCCGAUCCAACACGGCUCCACUGACCUAGGGAUCAAACGUGUGCAAGAGGGGGAGGUGCUGGUGCGCAGGACCCCUGAGCACGGCUCACCGGAGCCCAACUCAGCAGCAGCCACAACAGAGGGUGCUGAGGGUGUAAAUGGAGGAGAAGAGUCGGUAAACCUAAAUGAUGCAGAUGAAGGAUUUUCAUCAGGGGCUUCCCUCAGCAGUCAGCCAAUUGGGACCAAACCAUCCUCCUCUUCUCAGAGGGGAAGCUUAAGGAAAGUAGCAGCUGGGCGUUCAGCUAAGGAUAAAGAAACAGCCUCUGUCAUCAAAUCCAGUGAGAGCCCUCGAGAUUCAGUCAUUCGCAGGCAGUAUGUACAACAACCAACUGAUCUUAGUGUAGAUUCAAUCGAGCUGACACCGAUGAAGAAACACCUGAGCCUGCCUGCUGGCCAGGUGGUGCCAAAAACCAAUAGUUUAAGUCUAAUCCGGACAGCCAGUGCUUCCUCAAGUAAAUCAUUUGACUAUGUAAAUGGCAGUCAAGCAAGUACCAGCAUUGGGGUUGGCACUGAGGGAGUUACUAAUCUAGCAGCUAACAAUGUUAAUCGAUACUCAACUAUCAGUCUACAGGAAGACCGGCUAGGUCAAGCUGGAGAAGGUAAAGAGCUCCUCAGCCCAGGAGCUCCCUUAACCAAGCAGUCUCGAUCCCCAAGUUUCAAUAUGCAGCUAAUAUCCCAGGUGUAGUUCUGACACCCUCUCUCAUCUUUUUGCUUACCUUUUAAACUGAACAUUUCAUUGUACAUGAAGACACUUCAUCCCACAUUGUGAAAAAAAAAUUGGUCAUCGUAAUCAGAUUUGAUUUAGUUUAGGUAUCUUCAUACUGUAUUUUGUAUGGAAACAGCAAUAAGGUUUUCUUUUUUCCUCCUUCCUAUAUCUUCUCUUCACCUUAUUCCUGUAAAUGUGUUUGUGAAGCAGUAUAAAAUGUAUGCAUCUUCCAUGCCUUCCUUUCUCUGUGGGUGAUGUGCAAUUCAUCGUAGGCUGAUCGGUCCCAUUUCAACACUGUGAGACUGAGAAUACGUUAGAGGAAAUGGUGUAUAUGAUCCCUAUGAAUUGAUUCUUUGGCUUUUGUCUAAAAAAAAAAAAAAAC